AUGGAACUUGGAAGGAGGAAUACCAAGAAGUACACUUUCAAAUGUCCUGACUUAACAGAGUUGAAGAAGCUUGGUUCUAUGAUAGUUAGUCCAGAGGAUUUCAGAGCUCAGUAUGGAAGACUUAUGGACUACCAACUUAUGCCUACUCUAGAAGAAUACUCUUAUUGGUUUGGUUUACCAGUCUCUAACAAAUUACUAUUUAGUGGUUCAGAGAAGACAUCAACAGCUAUUGUAGAAGCACUUCACCUAGAAACGUCUGUUGUGAAGGACAACUUCACUAAAAAAGGAGGGAUUCUAGGUCUAACCUCUAGAUUCCUCUUGGAGAAAGCCUUUAUCUUUGUAGAAGUAGAUAGUAGAGAUGCCUUUGAAGCCAUUUUUGCUCUACUCAUUUAUGGAAUUGUACUCUUCCCAAACAUUGAUGACUUCAUGGAUGUUAAUGCUAUACAGAUCUUCUUAAUUGGUAACCCAGUACCUACAUUACUUGGAGAUACCUACCAUUCUAUCCAUCAUAGGACUAAGAAAGGUGGUGGAACCAUUCUUUGUUGUGCACCUCUCCUAUAUAAGUGGUUUAUUUCUCACUUGCCCAGAUCCAGGCACUUCAGGGAGAAUCCACAGAAGCUCAGAUGGUCUCAGAGGUUCAUGUCCAUUGAUCAAGGGAGUAUACAUUGGUAUGACCCCUCCUAUGAUGUUGGAGUAAUUAUUGACAGUUUUGGUGAAUUUCCUAACGUACCUCUCAUUGGUGUACAUGGGGGAAUUAACUACAACCCCAUCCUUGCCAGACGCCAGUUAGGAUAUCCUAUGGCAGAUAAACCUGACAACCUUCUGUUGUCAGGUUUCUUUUACCUCAACGAUGAAGAGAGUUCCGGUUUGAAGGAUAGAAUCAUACAUGCUUGGCGCAACAUUCAUAGGAAAGGAAAAGACCGAUUAGGAAGAGAGAAUUGUGUUGCUUUUGAGCCCUACACCCAAUGGGUUUGUGCUAGAGCCAAUGAACUUAAGAUGCCAUAUGCUCUUGAGAAAACCUCAUUCCCUUUUGCUAUAACAUCAUCAUCCACCAUUCCUAUUGAGAAUAGGGAAGAGUUUCAAGAAGUUUUGGAUAGGUUGAAAUUGGAAAGAGACACUUGGGAAGGAUACCGCCCUCAAAACGUUGAAGCUCCAGUAGUGACUGUUGUGAUGUCUGUACCUCCUCCUGUGGUGCAUACAACUCCUUAUAAUGAAGAAAACAUUUUUCACGUUGCUCCAAGUGAAGUUGUGGGAGUAGAUGAAAGGUUAGAGGGAUUUCAAGAUCAGUUCUUAGAAAUGCAAAGGGAAAUCAACGCUCUUCGAGGUAAGGAUCUUUUUGGUAAGACCGCUUUCGAACUCUGA